CUCGUCUCCUUCCGUCCCUCACUUUGUUUAGGUUUCUCUACCAACACUCUCCAGUUCUUUUCUUAGCAUCAGAGCCGAGAAGAGUCACCAGACCCAACUGUUCAAUGAAAUUUUAAUUUUUCUGGGUGACCACAAAAGGGCAAAUGAAUUCAAAAUCAAAGCAUCGGUUGAGAGUUCGAGAUAGGAUCAGUGAGUUACCAGAUGCACUUUUCUCUCACACACUUUCUUUUCUCGAGACAAAACAUGCUGUGAGGACCUGUAUUCUGUCUAGAAGAUGGAAGAACAUAUGGGCAUCUGUUACUAAUCUGCACUUCGAUCAGAGAUUGUUUUAUGACCUUAGCAUCAUCAUGUGCAAGACCCUAGUAAUUUUGAAGCUGAGAUCAAACUUCACUGCCAAUCUACUUCCUGCAUUGGGAUGUUUCCCGAGUCUGAAAAUCCUCCAUGUUGCAAUUAAUGAUUAUAGCUGUGAUGUCUCAAUGGUUAAGCUCUUCUCUAGCUGCCCUAUACUUGAAGACUUGACUAUUGAAGGUUACCGUAAAUAUAUGUGUCGUCCUCUUUUAGAAGUUGCUGCCCCUGCACUGAAGACACUAAAUAUAUGUUGCAAUACUCAGUAGCAUGAUCAGUACAACUAUUUGCUAACUUGUCCAAAGCUUGAAAAUGUUAUUAUAAAGGGGAAUGUUUCACAAGAGUAUUGUUUGGGGAAAGCAGAAUCCCUAAUUAAAGCCAGUAUUGAGCUACUUCAUUGUUCGUAUAUAGAUAAGGACUUUCCGCGGUUUUCUUUGCUUCUAGCAGGACUAUCCAGUGUCAAAUUAUUAUGUCUGUCAGUGCAUUGUUUCAAGUGUCUGAAUGUGAUUAAAGGUUUGAGUUCAACUAUGCCACAUAAACACAUGCUUAAGUUUGUGAUUGAUUAUUUAACACUUUAUUUUCUCAUGAAGGUUGAUUCUCUGCCUGUCUUUGGAAAUUUAAUUGAAUUGACGUUGGCACUUCACCAAUGCUUUUCCAUGGAAUUGCUGACGGAGUUUCUUAACAGAUCACCUCAUCUGCAGUAUCUUGUCUUAAAACAUAGUGCUACUAGCUGUGAAGGAAAAGACCUCAAGCAUGAAGCAGACUUGGGACCUGAAGAGGAUUCAAAGUGGCGAUGGGAUGCACCACAACUUGUGCCUAGUUGUUUAAUGUCAAACCUGGAGAGUAUCUUGAUCGAGGGCUUCAAGGCACAGUCAAAUGCUAUGGAAGUGGUGAAGUAUUUCUUAAGAAACGGUGAAGUUUUGAAGAAGAUGACUAUUUCUUCAGUUUCUUCGCGUGCAAAAAAGCGGGCCUUAUACAUAGAGCAAGGGUUUCAGAGGCUUGCAGGAUUGAAAUUGUCUAAGAUGAAACUUUUUGUUUUGAAUUAUUGUCACAUCUCGCAAGUGCAGAGUUGUGAUCAAAUUUGUAAAAGCAUGGAUGCUUAA